AUAUUUUUUGAAUAAUAAUUAAAGGUUAUCAAGCGUUAUACACAAGUUUAAUCUGUGGAUAAUUAUUCACCUUUACUUUUUUAAGUAAUCGUCUUGCGCAAUGAGAACUGGCUACAUGAUCAUAAAAUAGUAAGAAAAUAAAAAGAGAAAGAAAUUUUCGCUUGAUCACAGAAAUAUUAAACAUAAAUGUAGAAAUAAAGGAAGGAAAAUAAUCGAAGGUUGUCAUAAAAUAUCCAUUGCCGGUUGUCAAGUGAUAAACUUAAAGAAUAUAGGCAACCCACGCUUCUUUGCACCCUCGUUUCUUGUCCAUCGUUCUCCGAGGACAUUCGGUGGUAUUAAAUCGACUAUAAAUCUUGACGUCUUGUCACCCAAAGUCCACGGUUAUCGCCAACUGUCCCCGAUUACUUCCGUACGGAAAUGUUGGCCGAUCCACAGGUGGGGCAUAAUUCGCAUCUUCGAUAAGUAUAAAGACAGGGAUCACCAUCGUAUUUUUGUCAGUCGGUUAUUAUAUCUCGUCAGGUCCUAAACAUCCUAAACGUUAUUUUUAGUUUCUUAGUAAAGUUUGUUAAACAUACAGGAUGAACGAUCAAUCAUAUCUAAUCAUCGCAUUAGCGAUGAUCCUUUUAACAAGUUCGUCAUUUGGUUGGCCGUAUAGACGUCGAGAUGUCUUUGACAAUGCGGUAGAUAGUCCAGGUGGGCUGGUAUCUCAUUUGCAACAAUUUGGUGAGACCCUAUAUGGUUUGCCAAAUAACGAGACGGGUUCUAAAGUGGCUAACUGGCACGAAGGAAUGUCUGUUAAUCCUGAAGAAUUGGGUAAUUAUGCUGAAGGUGAUAUCCUUUUUCCACUUGGAAUGGGUAGGAACGGUUUAAAGGCAGAAAAUGCUAGAUGGCCUAAUGGUAUUAUCCCUUAUAUGAUCAGUCCUUACUUUGGUAAGAUUGAAUUUAGUAACAUUGUAAGAUUUUUUCUCUUUUAUUUAAGAGAGUUGAGGUACUUAGACUCGACUCGUUUCAUGGAUUACCCCCGGUAUUCGUGUUUUUAUUUCAUAGACGAGAGACAACGUAAACUCAUUCAUGAUGCUAUGGAGGAAUAUCGCAAAUAUACGUGCAUCAAGUUCAAGCCGUAUAUUGGCGAGGAAAGCGAUUACAUUAGAAUUACAGCAGGUACUACCGGUUGUUGGAGUAGCGUAGGUAAAAUUGGUGGGCGGCAAGACGUAAAUCUUCAGGUACCGGGAUGCGUAACCAAAAUAGGUACCGUGAUUCAUGAAUUGAUGCACGCUGUUGGUUUUUUUCAUGAACAGAGUAGAUACGAACGAGAUGAAUAUGUUACUAUAAAAUGGAAUAACAUCAUGAAUGGCCACGAAAGUAAUUUCGAAAAGGCUUCGAGAGAAAUUACCGAUGCAUUUGGUGUUGGCUAUGAUUAUGGCAGCGUGAUGCAUUACUCUGCUUAUGCGUUUUCCAAAAAUGGAGAACCUACUAUAGUACCAAAAGAACCUGGUGGUCUUUUGGGUCUUAUCGGAGAAAUCUUCCAGGGUAAAACAAAAGUUGAACUUGGACAACGGGAGGGACUUAGUAAACGAGAUAUUCAAAAAAUUCGCAAAAUGUACCAUUGCAACAAACGUAGGCGUAGUCAUAAUUGAUUUUUUUUCUUUUUCUUUAGUAUCACGAUUUGCAUAAUUUCUAAAAUGGAUUCACGAUCUUUUUAUUUUUUAAAUGAUACGAUCAAUAUGAGCAUCUAGUCGUAGAAUUAGAUCAUAGAUCUCAGGUAUAGUUUUAAGUUGGCACGUGUUUUAAAUAGAAAAAUAUAUUU